AUGGUAAAAUACACUUUGAGCACACUCUUGAUUAUUUGGCAAGUCCUGGAAGUGGAUUUUUUGCAAGUUCCGCCAAACGUGUUCAAGGACUGUCUUAUUUACGACGACACGUUUUGGAUUGUCUACCAAACGCAUUUUCUCCUAACCGACUACUUGACGCUGCAUAUUUUGGAAACGGAAGAUCACAAAUUUGAGUUGCGACAGUUUACGCAAAAUAUCCUCAAACGGGUCAACAAAUAUGGCUAUUUUCUCUCGGUACGGAUUACCAAAAGUAGUCUAAAUAAGCGCAACAAGUCGUACCAUUUCCCCAGUACUGCUUACGCGCCCAGUCAAAAUUUGGCAAAACUCUCCGAUGAUCAAGAGUUUUACAAAGCCAAGCGUCUCUCGACUGACUCCAAGCACGGUUUUGCCCUCAUUGUGUGGGACUUGACCACGCUGCACCUGUUCCUGGACCAGGACUACCGAACAAUCGUCCCUGAAGGGAGAGGUACUUACGCCAUUCAGGUGGUGUCGAAACAGUGUGACGUUAAAAACGAAAUUGCCUUCACACUGCAACGACUCUGGACCGAGUACCAAGUCAUCAACGUUGUGGCACAAACGCCCUGUUCCUGCGACAAGACCCACAUUUUCAUUUACCACCCUUUUGUCAAGAGGGAAGGUUUUUGGGGCCUUGCCACCUCACACACCUUGGACCAAAUCAAAGGCGAUUCCCGCCUGAUUUCAAACACGUUAAGCGACUUCAACGGAUUUCCUUUACGCAUCUCCAUUUUCCCACGAACCCCAACGGCCAUGCAAACGCUGCCAAAACUUCUGCACUAUAACCCCAUCUACCGGAACUUGACUUGGUCGAAGGGCUUUGCCGGCUUGGACGGCUUGGUCCUUGCAACUUUGGCCGAGUAUUUCAACUUUGAAGUGGUGCUCGUUGGGAGUUUGCUGGAGGACGACUUCGGGAAGGUACUACCUAAUGGUACCACCGUUGGUAGUCUGGCUGACAUCACCGAACGACGGGCUGUCUACAACGCAAACGAACGCCUCGUCGCCUAUUUUAAUCUCGACCAGAUCGACUUCACAGUCCCUUACACCCGCGAAGACAUUUGCUUGGUGGUACCCAAAGCUGCCAAAAUCCCAAAGUGGAAGAUACUCUUCCAAAGUCUGGAUCCCCAGUCGUGGUGUUUCACCCUUUUUGCCUACGUGUCGUGUUUCAUGUUUUGGUACAACAUUGGCCCUUCCAGGAGCCUGCCGAAGGUGUCCUGGCAAAUGUUUUCGUUUUUUUUGGGCAUUCCGACCAAGUCAUUUGCCAGGAAACUGGACCAAGUGUUGUUCCUAAUCCCUUGCAUGAUUUUCAGUGUUGUUAUGUUAGGGGUAGUGCAAGGGUCGUUUUUCACCAAACUCACCCUGUUUUCGUUCUAUCAAGACGUGAACACGCUGGAGGAAAUGGCAGAUUUGGAACUGCCAAUAGGCGCAUUCAUCUGGAAUUUGAUACGGGACGAUUCUGACGUUAUCAGGAGAUUGAAAUCGAAAAGUGUUAAGCCGCCUGAUAACAUCUUCGACAUGAUAGCGGCUCAUAGAAACAUAGCGACUAUUGAGACCAGAGCCCGGGCUCAACUUUUGAUUGGAAGUAAAUACGUGGACGAUGAUGGGUUUCCCCUUUUGCACAUUGUCAAUGAGUGUCUGACGACGUUUCUGAACGCUAAUAUUGUGCCGAAAGGCUCCGCCCUUUUGACUGUUUUUAACGCAGUUCUGGGCAAGUUGUUUGAGAGUGGCUUGACAAGGAAAUGGAACAACGACGUUGUUGAUAGUUUAAUUGCCGAAAAAAUGAUCAGUGUGAACAGGAAGCGGGUCAGGACCAAGUCAUUUUCCUUGUAUGACGCCCAAGGCGCUUUUUUUGUCAUUCUUGUGGGUUACGCGUGUUCGGUUUUUGUCUUUCUGUGUGAAAUUGUAUUGAAGCGAUAAAAUUUGCUACUUAGCGU